UGUACAUCUCGCGUUGAAUCUGAUUCUUUUUUUUAAAACGUCUUGAAAGUUUUCUCAAAUCUAAAUUUACGAUUUGAUUAUUCGGCCUUUUUUAGCUUUGAUCCCGUUAUUUAUGUAUAUGUAUAUUCAAUUAUCAGGAUAAUUGCUAUCUAUUCUAAUAAAAAAAAAAAUAAUAACGGACUUAAAAAAUUAUACAUAGAAUCAUUGUGGACUUGCAAUACUUCGGAAAAGCUUUUACGUUAAUAGGAAGGAAUAAUAUAGCCGGUAAUACCUGCUACUUAUGCAAAGUAUCCUGAAAUCGAUAUUAACAAACUGAUGAUUAUCACCAACGCCAUGCGAAAGCUGUAGAUUAAAUUUGUUAAUAUGACUGUGACCUAUAUCUGACGUGGCUUUUUACUGCUAAUGAGUGGGUACGCGUGUCUUUUUUGCGUUGAACGUGAUCAGUCCCAAGUCACAAAUGUUGAGUUGAACAAAAUAGAAUAGUUGUGAUGAAGGAGCAGUCAAUUACUCUAUCUUACUUCAACACUACUAUCGUCGUGUUUUUACUGCAACUGGGAAUUUUUUUUAUUUUUCAAACGCUUAUUUCACUUUUGCGACGAGAAUAAAAAAUUUUUUAUCGCGAUUAUCAUGAGACAACUGAAUUAUAGUUUCAAAACUUGAAAUUAAGUGUACAUUAUGAAUUUCUUAUCCGAUUAUUAAAAAAUCAUGAUAACGAUGUGGAUAAGAAUCAUAAACUGGUGGUUAUUGUUCACCUAUUCCUUUAGGGAAAUUGAGGGAUUGAUUCCAUUAUUUAACUCGGAAAAUCCCAUUGAUUCUUACAAAUAUCAACAAAUGAGAGAAAUUAUAAAAUUGUGCUUUUCGAAUCGUUCGAAUCCUCUAGUGCUUACUGAUAACUUAAUAAGCAUAAUAGACCAAGAUGCUCGGAAGUCAAUCACGUCAACCAUUAUUGUUAUAAAUAAUAAAUUUAAAGCGAAGAAUAUUCAAACAUUCAACCCAUCGAGGCCCACAUAUAUUUUGUCGACUGAUUCUAAUGAACAACUUGACACUUUUCUUCGGGAGUUUGAAUCCAUGGUAACCUGGAGUAUCGAGUCGUUGUUUUUCGUUGUUGACUUCACUGAUAACAAUUGUUGCAUCAAUGCUUCGAAAGUGCUACAGAUUUUAUGGAAAAAAGAAUUGCUUUCAUCUUUGUUUGUCUGCAGCGAACCUCACAGUGACAAAAUAUGGCUGUAUGCUUUCAACCCUUACGCACCUCAUGCUCCUCACCCCUGGGAAGAAGUGAAGACUGUUGACAAACCUGAUAGUCGAUGGACUCUUUACAAACGGCCUUACAUAAAUGAUAUCAGCUUCUGUCAAAAUCUCACAUUUGACAAAACCAAAAUCUUGGAUGGCUAUCCACUGAAAACAAUUGGACGUCCCGCAUAUAAAAAAAAUUGGACAAGCGAUGAAGUUUAUGGUAAAGAAGUUUUAAAAACUGAAUUUCCGUAUUUUCAUGGUACGUUUUUUUCAACAUUAUUCUCAGAAAUGAAUGCCACACCAGUAAUUAAUUUCGAUGAUGAAGGCUACUUUGAUAAAAACGAAUCUUUCGGUUUUUUGAAAUUAUUAGUCAAUGGUACAUCCGAUAUCGGUACGGGUUUAAGACGAUUCUACCAUGUUCCGCCGGAACUUAUUGAUACAGUUAAACUAUAUAAUGAAGACGGGUUUUUGAUAUUGACGUUGAAAAAAAAGUUUGAGCUACCUCUCGAAGUAAUUGAGGACUACUGGACCACUGACAUAAUCAUAUUAUCAAUCGCGACGUUACUACUUACAUCCGUAACAAUAUUCAUUAAUAAUAAUAACAGUUUCCGCGCAACUUUCUUAGAUAUUUUACGAAUGAUAUUAGGCGCGGGUAUAAUGACGACACUUGAAAGAUUUUCUAUGCGUAUUGUUUUUGUAAUCGCGACAGUAGUACUUUUUAUUUUAAAUCCAGCCUUAGGUGGUUCUCUCUCAGCUUUGAUGUCUAACCCCGAACGUCAAAGUGUUGAAAAUUUGCAAGACUUGCAUACUUAUAAAUAUCAUGUUUACAUCCACUUUGUCCAAAAACAAUUUAUCGACGAAGAAAAUUUGUGGUUAGGUUUGGAUCGUAAAUAUUUGCAUUUUACAAAUACGACUGAUGUUGACUGUGACUAUCGGGUAUUAAAUGACUCAACUGCUGCGUGCAUCGCUUUUUCUACUCGUCAAAUACGUGGUGCUAAGAAAUAUCAAAAGCAAUUACACGUAUCUGAUUCACUUAUAUUUAAAACAUAUUUUACUUUUUGGACCCGACGUAACUGGGCAUUGAAAAAUCGAGUUGAUCAAAUAGUACUCCGAUUAACAGAAGCAGGUAUCAUAAAUCACUGGAAUAGUAAAGGAUUUAGCGAACCUUUAAAAAAAUUAAGAGCCAAGGAAAAACUGGAGGAGAGUUCAGAAUAUUUCCAGAUUCAAUUAGAAAACGUAUUAUUCGCUAUUAUCUUUUUUAUAUUGGGUUCAAUUUUCGGAAUAAUUAUGUUUAUCACCGAAAUAUAUUUAAAAAGACAAGUAAUGCGUUUAGAACCGCCGGAAAGAAAAUUAAAAUUGCGACAAAAAAUUGUCAUUAUCAAUAAAAGAAUUGUGAUUCUCAAUAAAUACAUUAAAUAGUCAGGAUGCUCACAAAUAUUAGUCUUUGUGUGGUUUUCAAAUGUUGCAACAAAAAAUUUUCUUUAUCAAUCAA